UGUGGAUUUAAUAGAAACAAAAUUAAAAGAUCCAGAGUAUGCACAAGCCAUGAUAAUGAAUUAUAUUAUGGAAUACAUAUUUCACGUUCUAAUUGCUGUACAUACAUUUUUCAAAGGUCAAUUACAUAUAUCAAAAACAAAAGGUGUGUCUGAGGACGUAGGCAGCGUCAUUAAACAUUUAUUUACGGACGAAACAUUGCUGCAAUUCAACUGGGACGGAAGAUGGGAGAGAAAACCACUGAACAAACUCAUACUGGUUGACACAAUCCUACGAGAUGCAUUUAACAAGAAAGGUGCAGUUGAGUUGGAAAAGGAUAUCAAAAAGGCAGUUGAGCUGAGCCAUCACCGCUUACACCAAAAAAAUUUUUUAACAAAAAAAUCAAAAAACACAUCAUCUGGAAAUCUAUAAUUUUAAGAUUAUUUAAUAUUAGAUUUAAGUACGUACAUAUGAACGCUAGUGUCAGAAAUAAUAUAAACGCCUUAUUUUGACUAAUUUUUCGCUAAAUUACCUUUGUUUUUUAAUGUUUAAUGCUUAUUUAAUAUUCAAUGUUUAUUUAAUGUUC